AUGCUCUACCUGAUAGGACUAGGUCUUUCCAACGAGAAGGACAUAACUGUCGCUGGCUUAGAGGUCGUCCGAAAGGCCUCCCGUGUCUACCUGGAGGCCUACACUAGCAUCCUCAUGAUCGAGAAAGACAAACUAGUAAGCCCUUCCCCCUUUCCUUCUCCCCCUUAGCUAACCACCAGCGCUCUUAGGAAGAGUUCUACGGGCGUUCCAUAAUCCUUGCCGACAGGGAGCUUGUUGAAUCCUCUAGUGACACAAUUCUCUCAGGUGCCGAAACAGAUGAUGUAGCUUUUCUCGUUGUUGGCGACCCCUUUGGGGCGACCACACACACAGACCUCCUCCUCCGUGCCCGAGCACUCAAAAUCCCCCACCGCACAAUCCACAACGCCAGUAUCAUGAAUGCCAUAGGGGCAUGCGGGCUUCAACUUUACAACUUUGGCCAAACGGUAAGUAUGGUGUUCUUCACGGAUACUUGGCGGCCCGCCAGCUUUUAUGAUCGAGUUCGGGAGAACAGGGAGAUUGGGCUGCAUACACUCCUCCUGUUGGAUAUCAAAGUCAAGGAACAAAGCCUGGAAAAUCUGAUCCGUGGGAGAAAAGUGUACGAGAAACCGCGGUACAUGUCCGUGGCAGAGUGUGCCCAACAGAUGCUAGAAAUUGAAAACGAAAAGGGGGAUGGGGCCUAUUCUGAGAACAGCAUUGCUAUUGGAGUUUCCAGGCUUGGGAGUGAGAGCCAGCAGUUUGUUUCGGGGACUUUGAAGGAGUUGUCUACUUCGGACCUUGGUGCCCCACUGCAUUCCCUUGUUUUGUUAGGAAAGAGGGUGCAUGAAUUGGAGAUAGAUUAUAUUAGGGAGUUUGCAAUGGAUAAGGAAAGUUUCGAUAGUGCUUUUUCGGCGGAGCAUGGGACGGUUUGAUGUCAAUCUGAUCUAGCUUGUCAUUUAGAUUCAUCUAUCAUCACUCGUGCUUUGUACCCGAGCUUGUACUUACACACAAAGCGGAACUGAAUAUCUUUGCCGAUCUUUUCUAGCUGCGUCGGUUGGUUGUUGGAUGGCGGCGAUACUUGUAUACGGUACAGUACAGUACAAAUAUUGCGAUGCUACUCUCCCGAAUCCUUUGACAACGUCAAUGUCUGUGCAUACGCGCCGGACUCUCAAGUUUGCUUUUCAAAACCGACUUAUACCUUUUCAUCCCCACCGCCAUCGUCAUGAGAAUUCAACACCUAUCACCCAACAAACCGUCAUACGAUGGGCGAGGGAAUUGAAGGGUUCUCUGAUGCUGAGGAAAAUCUGGAAGGAGCCAGUUUCAUGGAUACCCUGAAGGCUUACACCGAAGACUUAGAGGCCCCAGUGCCGCCGUAUGAAGAAUAUUCACCAACUCCGCUCCACACUUCUUCCCCGCUCUCGGUAACACAUAGCAGCGGCGGAAGCUAUGUCACAAGCGAACCCAGCGAUCACGGGGAGUCGGAUUACCUGGAGGACGAAGGAGGGGGGGAUAGUGGUUCUGAAGAGCUAUCCUCGGCGCCACCCACUCCUUCAACGCCGUCUUCGGAAGACGAAUUUUGGGACCCUGCUCCAGUCCCGAAUGAUUCUCGUCAUUCCACACCAAAAGCGAAUUCCAAUACGCAUCUUCCUACCCCUUCUACUUCGACGCGCAAAGUAGGAGCUCCUCCUUCCAGAGAUAGUCCACGGUUAAACUAACGCAGUGCAAGAACAAAGAGAAACCUCCCUCUCCCUCUUGCUUCAUCUCUCUCCUUUCCUCGUCAUCAUCGGGCAGCCCCUGUUUAUCCUCUUCUGAAGACGAAGUAACGAUAAUCCGCUCGAGAGCUCUCCCAUCCCAACCCCUAAAGCGCAAAUUUCUCGAUUCUAUAGAACCCCGGAAGAAAGUAAACCGCAUGGUUAUGGAGCGCGAAAGCGACCGAGAGUGGAGCGUGAGAGAUAGAGGCGUUUUAGCAGAAGCAAUGCAGGACGGAAUGAACUUUAAUAGGGUUGCAGGAAUUCUCGGGCGGGAGGUUGAUGAGGGUGGGUUGUCAGGUGCUCCCCUUCAGACAAGAUGAUCCCAAGUCUGACUAAAUCAGUGUUCAGGAUGUUCACAAGGGUUAUUGCCGGAAUCUUACUACACGCCCCAAAGCCUAGAGACAAGGCGACACAAACAGAGCAAUCAUUUGGGGAUGGGACGGCAUCCACACCCCAUCUGGAACAAGGCAACGGGUGA